CGGCGCCCUCGCUUCUUGCCCGCCGCUUCCCAGCCUCGCUGCUCUUUGCCCGAAGCUUUUUUGUUGUUGGUGGUGGGGUGUGUGCAAAACUUUAGAGCCCGCAAUAGGACCUUUGCGUCAUGGAACAGACAGGAGGGUGACCUACGACGGCGAGGAAGGAAGGAGAGCGGAGGUCGAGCCGUGCAGCGGGAGGCCGAGGCAGAUCCACCAUAAAAAGGAGGGGGGGAGCAAAAGGUUGCUAUAGCGUCGGGGGGGCAUGCAAAAGACAAGCCCGCUCUUCUGUUCCCAGGUGCACGAGAGCAACAUUGCGCAAAGAGCGGGGAGGGAGGCCGCGCUCGACGGCUGGUUCGCAGGAGCGCAGAAAAGGGACGCAGAGUGGCGGAGAAGGGUGACUUUUGCGCAACACGGAGCGGGGCUCUGCCGCCGGUGAUCGCCCGCUGGAGGGGCGCAAGGUGUUGCAGCAGCCUCCCCUCUCCAACUAAAAGGCAAGUCGGGGUGGAGAAGACGGGGCGGCGGAGGCGGGGCGACUGCCUCGUCGGAAAUUGGCUGCUACGCAAGGUGGCUCGGCUCUGACGACGACGCUCCGUCCCGUCCCUCCUAGCCGAGGUUGAGCCGGAGCAACGACGGGGCAGGGAGCUCGCCAGUCCUGUGCUCAGUCGUAGCAGCAGCUGCUACUUCCCGGUUUCCCGGGCCUCUUCUCAGGCGGAAGUGCCUCCCGUUGUCCUGGAUUCUCCACGCAACCUCCUCUCGGCCCUCCCCACGUAACCGAAAGGGGGGGCUCAACCGCAUCCAGUCCCCCCCCCUUACCAGCAACUCCAGCGAAACUUUACUGUGCCCAGCCUCCCAGCGUCUUGCAGAAGGAAUCCAGCGGGUUACUCAUUUUGUGUCUCGAUCUUAUUUUUAAUUUUGGCUUUUUAAAAAUCCGUUUGGAAACCAGUGACCGGGUUGUUGUUGUUUUUUUGCGGCUUUAGUGGCGGACGCGCAGGAAUUUCUUUUUUUUUCGUCCUCAGCGGCUGAUGCUCUUAUUCUUUUUCAACAGAGAAAUCCUUUCUGAUGAUGAUUUGUUUUGAACGGCACUAGUUUCAGAGCGGGUGGAAACUGACUCAUAAAGUGUCAAUAACAAAAGAGACCUCUUGGCCUCCAAAGGGAUUUUAAGCUCAGCUGGUGGAUCGGUAUAAUUUGGAGCAGUCUAUUUGUUUGGGGUUUUGGAGGGGAGGCCGGGAGAAAGUCACGUUGGUGCGUUGGAUAUUUAUGCCCAGUUUUCCUCCAAGAUUUUUGAUCCCGGAAAGAAGCAAACUUUCUUCUUCUUCUUUUAGAUUAGACGGUGAAUAACAACACAAAGUUCAGUAAACCCUGUGCUUGCCCUAUUGAGAAAGGGGGGUUGGGUGUAUGUUUGUGUUAUUCUGUAGACUAAAGGCGUGACCCAUUCAAUUUUGGAUUGAUUUGCAGCUUUUUAGUUUUUCUCCACCCCUCUGGAGGGUUGUGGAUUUCAAAUCAGACCCAAAAGGGAUUACUAACACUUGCAAAACAUUUUUACUCUUUAAUAACAGAGAUUUUUCUGUUGUCCUUUUUUCAUUCUGCUGGAAAGGCUUUUCUUUUAAAGCACCAUGAUAGUGCAUUGCACUGGAUUCACAUUUAAAAGAAGAUAACCCAAGUGCUUUAAUUUUUGAAAGAAGAACAUUUUUUUUAAAAAACAAAGACACAUUUUGAAAGAAGAACAUUACAGAGAGAGAGUCUUGGAUGUCACUCACCUAAUGGAGGUUGCCAAUCUUCUAUGUGAAAUUUCAGUGUUUUUUUUUAAAAAAAUGGUUCAGGAAUAACCCGUUUGCAAGAAAAAAAUUGACAGAGGGAUGACAGUUUUCUGGUUAUCCAUGUAUCUAACUGAGAUAUAUAACGUAAAAAAGGGGGGAGGUUAAAAAUGUUGUUUGGUUUGCCUUGAGCAUGUCAUCCUUAACCAAUGCCUGCCACCUGCGAAAUUCACUGGAACUGAUAAACCUCAGUUUUAAUUCCUAAGAAAGAGACAAAUUAUUGUGUUCCUUUUGGAGGAAAUCUAUGAAAUCCCUUUGAAUUCAUAAAGCUGUUGCAAAUUUCAAGACACGAGGGAAGUGGUGUGCUUCUGCCUAUUGGUAGCGUCAUAAGUAUCUGAGGAGCCACGGAGGAGGAGGAGGAGGUGGUGGUGUUAGUUGGGACUUCGUGUGACAGCAGUGGGUUGUGUCCCAGCGAGCAGCCAUGGCAAUGAAAGCCCGAGCUCUGUACAACUUCCAGAGUGAGAACAAGGAAGAAAUCAGCAUCCAGGAAAAUGAGGAGCUGGUGAUCUUCAGCGAAAACACGUUGGAUGGGUGGCUGCAGGGCACCAAUAGCCGGGGCGAGACGGGCCUCUUUCCGGCAUCCUACGUGGAGAUCCUUUGCUCCAGAUCAGCCUUGAGUUAUACGGACUAUUCCAGCAGCCCGUCUAGGUCCCCUGGGAAUAGCUCGUACUUCUUUGGGCCCCCAUCCAACACAGGUGUCUCCUACCAAGGCAGCUUUGAAGAUGAUGACGAUGACGAUUGGGAUGACUGGGAUGAUGGCAGCACGGUGGUGGAGGAGCCCAGGAGCAGGCCUGGCACCAAUGGACAUCCGUCACCCAACCUGCCCUAUCCUGGGCCUUACAAUAUGGGCCACCGGCCCAAACCAUCAUUGGACAGGCAGGACAGCAUUGGCUCUUCCAAGAGGGGCAGUGUGGUGGGGCGGAACCUCAACCGCUUCUCCUGCUUCGUCCGGUCCGGUGUGGAGGCCUUCAUCUUGGGGGAUGUGCCCAUGAUGGCCAAGAUCGCAGAGGCCUAUUACAUUGACAUGGGCGCCAAAGGCCCUCAGUGGAGGCCCAGCCCGCACCCGUUAAUCUGCUCUGUGGAGGACCCCACCAAGCAGACCAAAUUCAAAGGCAUCAAGAGUUACAUCUCCUACCGGCUGACCCCCAGCAACAGCAACUCGCCAGUCUACCGGCGGUACAAACAUUUUGACUGGCUGUACAACCGGCUGCUGCACAAGUUCACCGUCAUCUCCGUGCCUCACCUGCCUGAGAAGCAAGCCACGGGGCGCUUUGAGGAGGACUUCAUUGAGAAGCGCAAGCGGCGGCUGAUCUUGUGGAUGGAUCACAUGACCAGCCACCCCACGCUCUCCCAGUACGAGGGCUUUCAGCAUUUCCUCACCUGCGGUGACGACAAACAGUGGAAGAUGGGGAAGCGCCGGGCAGAGAAGGACGAGAUGGUGGGCGCCAGCUUCCUGCUGACCCUCCAGAUCCCGACAGAACACCAGGACUUGCAGGACGUGGAGGAUAGGGUGGAUAUCUUCAAGGCCUUCAGCAAGAAGAUGGACGACAGCGUCCUGCAGCUGACCAAUGUGGCUUCAGAACUGGUGCGGAAGCACCUGGGCGGCUUCCGCAAAGAGUUCCAGAAGCUGGGCAACGCUUUCCAGGCCAUCAGUCAGUCCUUCCAGAUGGACCCGCCCUACAGUUUGAAUGCUCUCAACGGUGCCAUCUCGCAUACAGGAAAGACCUACGAGACCGUGGGGGAAAUGUUUGCUGAGCAACCCAAGAACGACCUUUUCCUCAUGCUGGACACGCUUUCCUUGUAUCAAGGGCUCCUCUCCAACUUCCCAGACAUUAUUCAUCUUCAAAAAGGUGCAUUUGCCAAGGUGAAGGAGAGCCAGCGGAUGAGCGACGAAGGAAAAAUGGACCAGGAGGAGGCGGAUGGGAUCCGGAAGCGUUGCCGCGUGGUGGGUUUUGCCUUGCAGGCAGAGAUGAAUCACUUCCAUGAGAGGCGCAUUUCGGACUUCAAGAGGAUGAUGCAGUCGUACCUUAAGCAGCAGAUCAUCUUCUACCAGAGAGUCAGCCAGCAGCUGGAGAAAACUUUGAGGAUGUACGACAACCUCUAGUACCACCUUGCUCCCCAUUUGCCUGGCAUCAUCUUUUGAACUAAGCUGGGUUCUAAAAGCAACACUCUUCUCCUUCUGCCAGGAUGAUCAGUUGGGACUGAAGUGUACCCUUCUAUCAAACAGUCAGGCCAGGCCUGUACUUUAAGGGGGUUGAAGAUUGAGGGGAUCAGAAUUGGCAGGGGGACAUUUCCAGGUAGCCCUCAAAGCCUCUUAAUAUACACAAUAUUGUAGCACCAGCGACCAAACUCCACGUUGCAGAGACCAAGGGAAGAACCGUGGGAUGAGAAACAUUCCAAUGAAUGCAGCAUCCUUUCCUCCUCCAGGCAGGGUAUUCUGGCUUCCUGCACUGUACUGUUCACAGAGAAAGUGAGAAAUGAUCUUCCCUAGGAAAAAUGGGAGCACAACUUUUGUUACUUGGAGUUUUUUUCCCCCUUCUUCCUUGUCUUCUUCUCAGGCUUGAUCAUCUAGAAUUACACCAUCCUAAAUUACCAUCCAAGGAGAUUAUACCUCUCUCCCCCACCAAAGCAAUAAAUGAUAGCAGGAUUGUAAA